GGCUCGUGCGAAUAUCGCCUGUCAUCUGCUGUGCUCUUCAAAACAUGAAUACUUGAAUAGCCCGGUUUUCUAGCAAACGCCGAUCGAACUUGCAUUUUGUUGCGACAGUUUCCAUUCGUGUCUCUUUAAGUUUUUCCAGGGCGCGACAAUGCUGCAGAGAUCAUGCAGAUCUUUCUACAGAAGAAUCUAUCCUCGAUUAAAGGAUGUUGGGAUAUCUUUGAAUCCAUGCUCCACCAAAGCCACCGUUCAACAAGAUGUUGGAGGGGUGCAGCAGGCUCGUCGUCUCCUUGGACAGCCCACACACAUGAGCCAUCCCCAGCUAUUGAACAAGGGGGAGCUCAUGCCUGGAAUAACUCUGACGGAGUUCCAGGAUCGAAGAAAUGCAUUUGUGGCAUCCAUUUUGAACCAAGCAUCUCGAACUGACAAGGACAAUCAUCUGGUUGUCAUACCUGCCGCACCACAAGCUUAUAUGUCUCAGAAAGUCCCCUAUGUGUAUCGACAGAAUUCAGAUUUUCUUUACCUCACUGGGUGUUUGGAACCAGAUAGUGUUCUUGUUUUGAACAUAUCUCAAAGCUCUUCAAGUUACAAGGCCUCCUUAUUUGUUAGAGAAAGAAAUGCACACUCAGAACUGUGGGAUGGACCUCGUACAGGUGUGGAUGAAGCACCAAAGUUAUUUGAUGUCGAUGAGGCUUUACCCAUUGAACAGCUGAAUCAGUAUUUAACAGCAUAUGCGAAGGAGUUCCCCAAUUUUGUGUUGUGGUAUGAUUUUCGUCAGCCCAUAGACUUGAAAGUUCAUCAAAUCCUCAACAUGUUUGUCACAGAAACAAAUAGCUCAGCUGGCCAGGCAUGGAUUUCUCCAAGGAAGAUUGUUCAUGAAUUGAGAAUUAUCAAAUCUCCUGCAGAAAUAGCACUUAUGCGUAAAUCAUGCCAAAUAGCUUCAAAGUCUAUUGAAACCACCAUAGCGAGUUCAUACCCAGGAAUCUCAGAACAUCAACUUUUUGCUACUGUGGACUAUCACAAUCGUAUGAAUGGUGCCGAAUAUCUAGCAUACCUUCCUGUUGUUGCUGGUGGGGAGCGGGCCAAUAUUAUCCACUACAUAAAUAAUUCACAAAUUGUUAAAGAUGGAGAGCUGGUACUUAUGGAUGCGGGUUGUGAGUAUCAUAGCUAUUCGAGCGAUAUUACUAGGACAUGGCCGGUUUCUGGGCGGUUUUCUCCCAAGCAAAGGGAAGUCUAUGAGGCUUUGCUCAGUGUCCAAGAGGAACUUAUAUCUCUCUUGUCAGCCCACAUAUCAUUGGACUCCUUAUUUUCUACAAUGUGUCAGCUAUUGGCAAUGAGAUUAAAAGAAGUUGGUCUUAUUUCUAGUAAGCUCACUUCAAAGCAAGAAUUAGCACAGGCAGCUUAUUCAUUUUGCCCUCAUCAUGUGAGCCAUUAUUUGGGCAUGGAUGUCCAUGACACAGAAUUAAUUGACAGGAGAAUAAAUGUACUCCCUGGUAUGAUUGUUACUGUAGAACCAGGUGUGUACAUAAGCAGUGACAACACAUCAGUUGACCCUGCAUUUCGAGGAAUGGGUAUUCGCAUUGAAGAUGACAUCCUCAUCACAGACAGUGGAGUAGAAAAUUUAACAGCCAUGUGUUCUAAGCAUCCUGAUGAUAUUGAAAAUUUGAUGAAGGCCAAGCCUCAGUGAAAUGUUUCAACAAUGUGUGAUAAAGUUGUACAUAUGUUCCUGUACCUGAUGCUGCAAAGGAGCAGGGAGAUUUAUAAGAAAGAUUUCAUAGUUUUAAAAAAAUUAAAUGGUAUGUUUUAUUUAAAAA